AAUCCUCUCUCUCUCUCUUCUCUCUCUUCUCUCUCUCUCUCUCUCUCUCUCUAACUGUUCGAUCGCUCUCUUUCAAGCAUCAUUUUGCUUCAGAAUCAGAACGAUGAGGUCGAACACAGCAGAAUCGAUGGAAAAUGGGUUCUUGGGAAGCAUAUCCGCAUCUUCUUUUCGAAAUCUGCUUCCUCGAUCCAUGUCUUCAAAGAAAAAACUCAACUCCUCUAUCUGUAAAACUCCCAAAUCGAACUCUGAAAAUACGCCUCCCGUUGACCCAAACAUUCAGCUCAAGGACGGCGAGAUAUCCACGACGAUUUCCAAGCAAUCCAAGUCCGAAAUGCGGAAUUCUCAGCACGAUGCGUCCGGUACAGAUUCUAAUCGCGAAGUGUCUGCAUCUCAGUUUCUAAAAUUUAAGGGCGAAGUUGUCCAAUCAGACAGCCAACAUGAAUUUCCCGUCCCUCCUGAUCCACCGAUAAAGGUUGUAGUGAGAAUUAGACCCGUUAAUGAUGGAGAAAAGGAAGUGGAUAGAUCGGUGAAGAAGAUUUCUGCAGAUGAAUUGACUUUUGGGGACCGUAGAUUUUCGUUCGAUUCAGUUUUUGAUUCAGAUUCAAAACAGGAAGAUAUCUUUAAGAAGAUCGGGCUUCCGCUAGUUAAGGAUGCGUUAGCUGGUUAUAACACUUCCAUCAUGUCAUAUGGCCAGACGGGAAGUGGUAAGACAUUCACAAUGUGGGGUCCCCCAAGUGCUAUGGUUGAGAAUCCUUCACCUUUUAGUAACCAAGGCCUUGCUCCUCGCAUCUUCCAAAUGCUGUUUUCCGAGAUUCAAAAAGAACAAGAGAACUCUGAAGGAAAGCUGAUAAAUUAUCAGUGCCGCUGUUCUUUUAUGGAGAUAUUUAAUGAACAAAUUGGGGAUUUGCUUGAUCCGACCCAGAGGAACCUUAAGAUAAAGGAUGAUCCAAAGAAUGGGCUGUAUGUGGAAAAUGUCACAGAGGAAUACGUGACAAACUAUGAUGACGUGACUCAGAUUCUCGUCAAGGGCCUUUCUAGUAGAAAAGUUGGAGCAACCACUAUAAAUUCUAAGAGCUCUAGAUCUCAUAUUGUGUUUACUUUCAUCAUCGAGUCAUGGUGCAAGGAAACUUCAUCCAAGUGUUUUGGUAGUUCAAAGACAAGCAGAAUCAGCCUUGUUGAUCUUGCUGGAUUAGAUAGAAAUGUAAGCGAUGCCAUGGGUAGACAAAGCACAAGAGACGGCAAGAAUUUGAAGAAGUCCAUGUCACGGCUUGGGCACUUGAUCGAUAGGCUGGCUAAAGAAACUCAAUUGAAAACAUCUGAAGAUCGUUUGUACAGAGGCUCCUGCUUGACCCAUUUAUUAAGAGAGUCAUUAGGGGGCAAUGCCAAGCUCACAGUCAUUUGUGCCAUCUCCCCUGAUAACAACUAUUCUGGUGAAACAUUAAGGACAUUAAGACUUGGACAACGAUUAAAAUCCAUUAAGAAUCAACCAGUGAUAAAUGAAAUAAAAGAAGACGAAGUGAAUGAUCUGAGCGAUCAAAUUCGUCUGUUGAAGGAAGAACUUAUAAAAGCAAAUGCCAACUCGGGCAAGUCAGUUCCAAAGAUUGGUUACUUUCAAGGCCCUAAUGUACGAGAAAGCCUGAAUCAGUUAAGAGUUAGCAUUAACCGCUCUCUGAUCUUGCCAUGCAUUGAUAAUGACUCAGAUGAAGAGGUCAAUUGUGAUGAGGAAGAUGUGAAGGAAUUGCAUCAGCAAAUAGAAGAUAAGUUUCAUAGCUUUUCUGAAGAGAUCUCAGAUAAAAGAGAUUCACUUCAGUUUUCCUCUGUAGGAGAAAGUUUUGCUUCAUAUUUGACUAGUGAUGAUGAAGUAAGUUAUCCCCAAACAAUUGAAGAAAUAAGCCCAGAAGAAGAACAUGAGGAUGAACAUUUUCAUGAGGACAAGAUUAUUUUAACUGAUAAUCUCGGUAGCCAUGAUUCCAAUGUUCUUGAUCCUGUGAAUGGAAGGAGCAUUUCUGUCAGCUCAUUCUGUCACUUCCCUAAUCUUGAAGAUCCACCAUUGUCUGAGUCUCCGAAAAUUGGAAACUCUCAUAGGAAAAGCUUGGCUCUUGCGCCGAGUUUUUCAGAACACCAUGAUAAGAUGUCAGACAGCUUUAAGUUUAAUAAAGAUGUUCUGAGGCAGUCGAGUAAGAACUUCAGAUCCUCGCUGCAAUCGAGCGAUAAAUUUGAGGAUCCCACCGAGUCCUUAGCAGCUAGCCUUCAAAGAGGCUUGAAGAUAAUUGAUUAUCACCAGCAAAGCUCGAUAUUGAACAAAUCUUCAGUCUCCUUCUCCUUUGAGCAUCUGGCACGAAAAUCAUGUCCAGAAGUCGAUAAACCAAUGGCGUCUCUUCAGACAUUGGAAGAAGAAAACGCCAUUGCUGUAGCUUCUCCCCAUCGCCUUUGUGCAUCUUGCCAAAGAAUAAUUUACAAGAAUGACACCAAUGAAGAUAAGAGUAGCUUGAAGACGCAGGUUGUAGCAGUAAAUGAAUCCAACGAGGGAGGGGAACUUGGAAAGCAGGAGAUUGUUGUACAAGAGAGAUGUGAAAUAAAAGAAGUGCAAGAGGUGCAGCAGGACAAUGGAAAUGGAUUCAGUGAUGUGUCUGAUAAGGAAGAACUUCUUAAAGAAAUCCAAAAUUUAAGGAGUAAGUUGCAGGCUUUUGCUGAUGUUUCUGCUACCAAGUCUACUGACAAGCUGAGAUCCUCGCUAUUGUUGUCACGCUCGAUCCAACUCCGAAAAAGCAAUCUAGGAGGAGGUUGUCAAACUAUUAACGAGGAGGAACUUGAAAAAGAAAGGGAGAGAUGGACAGAAAUGGAGAGUGAAUGGAUUUCUUUAACUGAUGAACUGAGAGUUGAUCUGGAGUCGAUUCGUCAGCGUGCGGAGAAGGUGGAGCUGGAGCUGAAAAUGGAGAAGAAUUGCAAUGAGGAGUUGGAGGAUGCGCUUCAGAGAUCUGUUCUUGGACAUGCUAGAUUUGUUGAGCAUUAUGCUGAAUUGCAAGAGAAGCAUAAUGAGUUGGUUGGAAAGCAUCGUGCCAUCAUGGGAGGGAUAGCUGAUGUUAAAAGGGCAGCGGAAAAAGCCGGUUCAAAAGGUCGCGGUUCUCGCUUUUCGAAAUCUCUUGCUGCAGAGCUUUCAGCUCUGAGAUUUGAGAGGGACAGAGAGAGAGAAUUUUUGAAAAAGGAAAACAAAAGCCUCAAGCUUCAACUUAGAGACACUGCUGAAGCUGUCCAUGCUGCUGGGGAACUUCUUGUUAGGCUAAGAGAAGCAGAACAUUCAGCAUCAGUUGCGGAGGAGAAGUCUACAACAGUUGAGCAAGAAAACGAGAAGUUGAAGAAGCAAAUGGAGAAGCUGAAAAGAAAACAUAAGAUGGAGAUGAUUACAAUGAAGCAGUACCUUGCAGAGAGUAGAUUGCCUGCUUCUGCACUCGAACCACUGUAUCAAGAUCAUUCAGACGUCGGAACCUACAAGAGAGGAGCCCCAUAUCUGGAUGAUGAUCAAGCCUGGAGAUCAGAAUUUGGAGCUAUAUAUCAAGAGCCACACUACUAAGUACUCUGGUUUAAUCAAAAAGUUCAACUCUGGCGCUGUACAAACUGAAGAGGGGACCCUACUUGGGUCAUGUGAAGUUGAUUUAUGUGACAUUGUUCUGUGAUCUAGAAAAUAUAUUUGUGUUGUAUGGAUGAUUCUUUAAUAUUACUAUUUAUUCCAAUCUA